AUGGACUUCCCGCUGGCGGGUCACUACACAGCCUGCAGCUACAUGACCUCGGCUGACCUGGUGACCCGCGACCCCCGUCUCCUGGCUCCCCCCGAGCUCCGGGUCGCCGCCCCCCGACCUGACCUCCCUGUCAAGCACGAUAUUGCCAGGUCAGAACUAAGCCGACGACUGGAGUACCGACCAGUGCCAGACUACGCCACCACCACCCGACCCGACCUCAAGGCUGACCUUCUGCCCGUCGAACUGCGCGCUGAUCUCGUACACCGUGACCUCCGCGCCGAGCUCAGGUCACACGAGGGGUCAACUAGUCACCGCGAGGAGGUCAGAGGACACGAGAACCGUCCGUCAGACAUCGAAAACGACCCAACAUUUCUCCUGGGCAACUCUAACGCCCCCACCAGCAGACGGUCAAGGGAACGCGAGCACGUGCUGGCCAUGACGAAGGAGGAGAGAAGGCGGCGCAGGCGGGCUACCCUCAAGUACCGCACUGCGCAUGCUAGUCGAGAGCGCAUGCGCGUGGAGGCCUUCAACGUUGCCUUCGCGCAGCUGCGGAAGCUCCUGCCGACACUGCCUCCGGAUAAGAAACUCUCCAAGAUUGAGAUCCUUCGUCUAGCCAUCUGCUACAUCGCCUACCUCAAUCACGUCCUGGAUGUGUGAGCGAGUGUCUGCGACCUCUGCCGCUGGUGGCUGCUGGAGGAGCCGCUGGUGGCUGCUGGAGGAGCCGUUGGUGGCUGCUGGAGGAGCCGCUGGUGGCUGCUGGAGGAGCCGUUGGUGGCUGCUGGAGGAGCCUGGACACGCAGACGGCGCCACGAUGGCCACCUUACUCCUCCGCCAGCUCCUCCAGUAGGACUAGUGCGCCUCUCUCACUCGUGGUAGUCUGAAAAAUAAAUAUCUUGUGACGAGCAAGAUAGGUGUUUGACCUGUAAAUACUUUUAGUUUCUUGUUUAUUUCUAACACCAGGCCACAGUAAAUAUCGAGAGAAUUUAGGCGGAAGUUGAAAAAACAAUGUGUCAAUGAGGUGUUUCUUGCUACAGGUAUUGUGAACAAUGGUGAAACACAAGACCUUGGCCUAACUAGGUGUUGCGAAGUGCCCACUUGGCCUCAUCUGUGUACUAUGGCCACAAUUUUUGUGCUUAGACUCGUGCAGACUAGAUCUUAGUGAACAAGAUCUAGCCAAUUGACUUAUUACUGUCGUAGUAGUUACAGGGAGACUGGGGCGUCAGUACAGCACACACUACAGAUCCAAGUGACUCCGCUUGCCUGGAAGACAGUUUCCGUAACGCGGAGUCACCACUAUGAUGGCUGGUGUGUGUGUGUGUGUGUGUGUUAACACACACACUUACUUACACACUUAACUUACUAAUACUAAAGUGUGUUACUAACACAACUUACUAAUACCUCACUGAGUGCGUACUUGACCUCUCCAGGGUACACUAUUACAAGACAUCCAGAGAAGACCAGCCCCUGGAGGUGGUGUGAGUGAGGUGGAGCUAGAGCUUGGUCAGCCAAGCAAGGAGUGCUGACCUCCUUACGGGCUAUUCAUGCCCGUGCCACCUCUUGGGUGGCUUAAUCUUCAUCAUCUGCUGACCUCAGGCUAACCAUAGCCCGUGCUUCUUGCUCCGCUCCUGUGCCAGGUAAGUUACGGGCUCACCAUAGCCCGUGCUACUUGGAACUUGUUCCGAGUAGUUGAAUCUAUAACAACAACAUGCUGAGCUCCCUUCACCUGCCACAGCACUGGCCUCCGUACUACGUGGUUAUCUUGAGAUGAUUUCGGGGCUUUUUUUAGUGUCCCCGCGGCCCGGUCCUCGACCAGGCCUCCACCCCCAGGAAGCAGCCCGUGACAAAUGUGCUCGUCCUUAGAGACG